AUGUCGGGCAAGUACUCUGGCCUUCCAGACAUUGACUCGGCACCUGACGUUUUCGAGACUCCCGAUGAGCCGGCAUCAGCGCAACGACGGGACGAGGAGAAUGGCGAGGACAAUCGCAAGGCAUCAAUACCAUCUGCGGGCAAUGCCAUCGACACAUCUGAGCUCCCAUCUCGCCGCCUUGCGGGCGAAAAGUUUGACGAUCGCAACCCGGUUGUGAUCAGCAUUCCGUCCAAGGAGAGCCAAGUCACUCGGCUGCGACGUCUUCAAGCCGAGGUCGCACAACUCGAGACAGAAAUUGCUGCGACCGCUACGGAAAGCGACAGCUCCGCGUCACCGAAACGUCGCUCUGUUCUUCCACCACGCCAGCCAGUCGACAUUGUCACAGAGCUGUCCAUUCUCCGCGAGAAGCUGAACUCGGCUUCGAACAACAUCGCUACCGCAUCGUCACAGCCCGAGUUUGACGACUGGUCUGGUAGGCUACAGCAGCUUGGAACGCUGAAGGAAGGAAAGCCUGCUCCUCCUGACUCAAACGUUGUGGCGCCUGGGGAUGGCAACCGCACGCGCCUGGGCGACGUUGACUCGCGCUUGGCGGCGUUGGAGCGGUUGGUCGGCGUUUCGGAUAGCCCGCAGGAGAUGUCCUCUAUCUCUCUCAUCGACUCUGUGAGCCGAAUGGACCACCUCCUCAACGUUCUUACCCAACCUCGUCACCUGGACUCCAUCGCGAGGCGUGUCAAACUGCUACUUGUUGAUCUGGACAGAGCGUCGACAGCGGUUCGCCGUGGAGGCAACUCUGGUGUUGGUUCCUCAUCUGAACGUGCGGCCGGUGGACUGUCCCCAGCAGACCAGGAAGCGCUACACGGUCUCUUUCGACUGUUGCCGCGGCUCGAUCCCCUUAUCCCCGUUGUCCCUCCUCUCCUUGCUCGUCUUCGCAGUCUGUCGGGCCUGCAUGCCGAGGCUCUUGGCAUUGCGGCCGACCUCCGUAUCCUGCAAUCCAACGAUCGCAACAUUACCGAGGAGGAACGUGAACUACAGUCUAUUGUUUCUGGCGUCCAGCAAGGCGUUACUGAAGCAGCGACAAGUAUUUCGAAGAACUGGGAGUCCAUACAGGGAAGGAUUAACCAGUUGGAGCAACGGCUGCAGGUGCUGGUAGACUGA